AUGUUUGAAAUUAUUAAUACGUAUGUUAUUGAUCGUAUUUUCAAAAAAAAUGAUACUCAAACAAUUCAUAAAACAAGAGAAGUUGAUCAAGGUGGUGGAACCGUUAACGAAGACGGAAUUUCACUUUAUUCUUCACAAACAAGGGUAGAAUUAUCGAAUGAAGAUUUUAAUGAUCCAAAACGAAAAAUAAAAGGGCUCAAAACCCAGGAAGAUGAAUUAAAAGAAGAGAAAAACAAAAAUGAAAUAUUGAACAAGCUCAAAACACUUGAAAGUAAUUUGUCAAAAGAGAAAGAAAUUAAGGAACAACUGAAACAAAAUCAUACAAAAGCAAAGCAAGAAUUCGACUUAAAAUUAAAAAGAUUAGAAAAUGAGGUUAAAAAAUAUAAACGACGUUAUGAAGAACUUGAAUCGCAAAAACGAAAUAUGGAGCAAGAAUCCGUUAAAGAGAAAAAACAAGUGGAACAAAAUUAUACAAAAGCAAAGAAAGAAUUCGAAUCAAAAUUAAAAAGCUUAGAAAAUGAAGUAAAAUCUCAUAAACAACGUGCAUUGCAAAUACGAAAUAAGGAGCAAGAAUUUGUUAAAGAGAAACGAAUUAUGGAGCAAGAAUUUGUUAAAGAGAAACAAAUUAUGGAGCAAGAAUUUGUUAAGAAGAAACUAAUUAUGGAGCAAGAUUUUGUUAAGGAAAAAGAAGAUUACGAGAGGAAUAUCGAUAAUUUAGAAUUAAACUUAACGAAACAAAAGAAAAGUUUCGAACAAGUAUUGCAACAAGCACAAGAAAGAUUUAGUAAGAAUCUUAAUACUAUACAAAAAAAAUUAAAUGAUAAGGGAAACGGCUUAGGUGAAUUAGAAAAAGAAAAUGCCAAACUUAAAAAAGAGGCCUCUAAAUACCAAUCGGCCCUUG